AGCGUGACCUCACCUUCCUGCCAGGCUCCCUGCGGGACGCGGAAGGGGCGGGCGGAGGCCAGGGGUGGAGCCGUCUGCGCGCCGUCCGCGCUCCGCCAGUCGUGGGCCCCGUCGCCGGGCCACCAGCCCCCGCGCAGAGGACGGAGCGGGACCCCGGGUCGGCCCCAGGGUCCCCCCGUGGGAUUGGGGUGAGCACGUCGGGGGACACCCAGCAUGCAGGAAGGCAGGUGCUGCGGAACAUGCCUCCAGCCUCCAGUGUUGCUGCCCGCGGCUGCACCCACCUGUGCCCAUGGCCCGCACGGGCCCGUCGCUCUCCGGCGCCUUCGACAUUCUAGGUGCCGCAGGCCAGGACAAGCUCUUGUACCUUAAGCACAAGCUGAAGACGGUCCACCAGGGCUGCCGAGGGGCAGACCUCCUGCACGCCAUGGUGCUUCUCAAGCUGGGCCAGGAGACGGAGGCCAGGAUCUCCCUGGAAGCUCUGAGGGCGGACGCAGUGGCCCGGCUCGUGGCCCGCCGCUGGGCCGGCGUGGACAGCGCCGAGGCCCCGGAGGAGCCCCCAGACUUGUCCUGGGCCAUUGCCCGGGUGUACCACCUGCUCGCCGAGGAGAAGCUGUGCCCGGCCCCUAUGCGGGACCUGGCCUACCAGACAGCCCUGCAGACGUUCAGCUCCAGGGACGACCACCGGCUGGCCGAGCUCCAGGGAGAGGCCCGGGACCGGUGCGGCUGGGGCGUCAUCCGGGCCCCCGGGAGCUUCCAGCCCCUUCGCUCCGAUCGGGGCUGCCUCCCGCCAUCCUCGGUGUCCCCCUCGGGCACCCGCAGCCUUCCCAAGCCCAUCGAGGGCCUUUCGGGCUGGAGCAGAGGGUGUUCUCUGAGAUCCACCAGCAGCCCCGCCUCCCUCGCCAGCAACCUGGAAAUUAGCCAGUCACCCACCAUGCCUCUUCUCAGCCAGCACCGCGGCUGUCGUGCGCCCAGCAAGCUGUGUGAGGAGCCCCGGGCAGGCCCCAGGCCCGAACCUGAACCUGCCCCCACAGGCUGCCAGGAGCCUGAGGAAGUGAGCUGGCCACCAUCCGAGGAGGCUGUCAACCCUUCACCUGGGGACACAGCCGGCCCUCCAUCGGGGGUGACUGCCGGGCCCCUGCUGGGGGAGACCGCUGGCCCCUCAUCGGAGGGCCCCUCUUUGGAGGACCCCUCAUCCGGAGAGACUGCCGGCCCCCAGAUGGCACCAGACAGCCCGGGCCCUAGACUUCCUGAGGUGGUCCCAGAUGCAAGCGCCACUGGCCAGCCCGACGCCCCCAAAGCUCUGGAAAGCGUCACCCGCUACCCGGUGGAGUGCAGCCACGCGCUGGCAGCCCCCACAUCUCUCCCCUUGCCCCCCAAAACCACUUGCCCUGACAAGGACCAGACCCCCCUCUCACUCCCUGUAGAAGAUACCGCUUCCCAGAGGACCCCCCCAUGCCCCCCCACCCCCUCGGCCCCGAGGACCUCCGCGCCCUGCCCUUCUCUAUCCAUCCCAAAUUCCGCUUGCUCCGCGGCCUGGAAUCCGUGCCCCCCGCCCCCCGAGUUGGAGCCAGAGCAGAAAUUCUACAACUUUGUGAUCCUGCACGCGGGGGCAGACGAGGACAUUGCGCUGCGGGUCCGAGAGAGGCUGGAGAGCCUGGGCGUCCCGGAUGGCGCCACCUUCUGCGAGGAUUUCCAGGUGCCCGGGCGCGGCCACCUGCGCUGCCUGCAGGACGCCCUGGACCACUCAGCCUUCACCCUCCUGCUGCUUACCCCCAACUUCGACUGCCACCUGGGCCUGCACCAGGCGGGCCAGUCCCUGAUGAACAGCCUCACGCGGCACGAGUGCGGGGACUGCGUGAUCCCCUUCCUGCCCCUGGAGAGCUCGCUGGAGCAGCUCAGCCCGCACACCUGCAGCCUGCUCACCAGCCUGGUGUGGCUGGACGAGCGCUCCCAGAUCUUCGCCAGGAAGGUGGCCAACACCUUCAAGCCGCAGAGGCUGCGAGCCCGCAGGGCCCACUGGAGGAAGGAGCAGGACAUCCGCGCCCUGCAGGAGCAGCGCCAGCAGCUGGAGGGCGAGCGGCAGCGCGUCUCGGCGCUGAACGCCGCCUACUCGGCCUAUUUCCAGAGCCACUCGGCCUGGCAGGCGCAGAUGGAGACGCUCCGGGUGGCCUUCGGGAGCCACAUGCCCUUUGGGACUCCGGGGCCCCUGGGAGCGCCCCCGCCCUUUCCCUCCUGGCCGGGCCACCAGCCGCCGCCGCCCGCGCCCCCGUGGCUGGCCGGCGCCCCGGCACCCGCGCCCGCCUUCCCGCAGCCCCCGGCGCCCCCUCAGAGCCCGGGGCUGCAGCCCCUCAUCAUCCACCACGCGCAGAUGGUGCAGCUGGGCCUCAACAACCACAUGUGGAACCAGAGAGGGACCCAGGCGCCCGAGGACAAGACGCAAGGCGCGGAGUGACCGGUGACCCCGGCCUUGGGGACGCCCGCACCGUGCCCGGGGCGGGAGGAGGGGCGCGACGUCGUCUGCAACCUUCAGGACAUCGCUGGGGAGACCUUCGUCUCUCAGGAAAUCGUGCAAAAUGGGCCCCGGCGACUUUCUGGCGCGCGAGAGGUGGGGAGGCGGAGUUGGUGGUGG